GAAGUGGGAAAUCACUGAUGUCAAUCGGAGCAGGGAGCUGUUGUGUUCUGCGGUAGAGUAAUUUCACGUUUGAUUUGGAGUGAUGAACAAUGACCCGGAAAAGCUCCAGUCGUAGAUCUUAACAAGGAACUUAUACGCAGAAAUCAUUUGUAAACAGUUAGUAAGAUGGCGGUGAAAGCACUGCAAACAUGGUGUCAGAAAAUCACGGAAGGAUACCGCGAUGUUAAAGUCACAAACAUGACAACAUCAUGGAAAGAUGGACUCGCAUUCUGCGCAAUUAUACACCAUUACAGGCCUGACUUGAUUAACUUUGAUUCUCUAUCAAAAGAAAAUAUAUUUGAUAAUAACCAGUUGGCGUUCAAAACGGCGGAAAGAGAACUUGGUAUUUGUGCAUUGUUGGAUGCCGAAGAUAUGGUAGCUAUAAAAGUGCCCGAUAAGCUGAGUGUCGUGACCUAUAUCUCCCAAUACUAUAACUAUUUCGUACGCAAGGUACCAGGUGGAGCAACAGCCUUCAAAAGACAUUCUCUCACAGAGAGUCCCAAGUCAAAGAAAGCGUCACCCAGUCCAAAAAUCAAGCGAACGGCAGAAAUGCCUGAGCAGGCACCCGCCGUCAGUGCGCAGGUUGAAAUCAGUCAGCCGAUGGAAUACGUGAAAAAGCCCAGUGCAGAAGGAGGUGCCUUUGGUUACAAAUGUGCAGCAUGCGGUAAACGCGUUUAUAUCAUGGAGAGAACAGUGGUUGACGGCAAACUCUAUCAUAGGUCUUGUUUCCGCUGUCGUGAAUGUCAGAAAACUCUCAGACCAGGCAACUAUAAAGUUAUAGAUUUUAACAAGUUUGAGUGCCCCAUACACAAAAAGCCAUCAAAACACUCGCACUUUCUUAAGGGGAAAAAGUCGUCUUUGGAUCGUGAAAAGAAAAGUAACAACACUACUAGAGACUUGCUGAACUCAGAUAGAAGUCUGACAGAGAAACAAAAAGCUGUUUUGAAAAUUGGUGCUUUUUACCAAAAAGACAAGGAAAAGAGUGUUUCUGAUGUGCAUAUUGGUGCAAAAGCGCCUGCAGUAGAGAAAAUUGAUUUAAAAACAAAUGACAAUGUGCCAGUUGUUUCCAAGGACCACCCGAGGAGUGUGGCUUCCAGAAUGAAGCUAUUUGAAAAUAAUGCUGAAAGCUCACAGUCACCACCACACAGAACUUAUAAAACUGCCAAUGCUCAGACCACUCAAAUUAAACAGAAUACUGCGAUGCAAAAAUCCCCAACAGAAGUAUCUGAGAAAUCAUCGAGUGAUGCAGAGCUAAGGGAAGGGCUCCUUAAGUCUCUUGCUGGGAUUCGGAAGAAAGAAGAACUGAAAGAAAAAAAAGUUGAAUCAGAACCUGUGUGGAUUAAGAAAGAUGAAAUUGAUACUAAACUCCCAAAUGGGUCACUUAAAGAUGGGAGAAAGGUCAUUGGAGAACAGAUACCAGUUCAUGAGAAGUCGAGGCAAGUAAAUGAUCUGAAAGAGGAUAAGCAAAAAGUUGCUCCAAUUGCUCCAUCUGUAAAUGACAAAAAGGAUGACAAGGUUACCAAGGACACAAAUGUUAGUAAAGUUGUUAUUGAAACAAAAGUCAUUGAUGUUAAAAAGAAAACUGUGAUUCCUGCUGCUUCCAAGGAAACAAAAAUCAUUGAUGUAACCAAGGAAACAAAGAUAACUGAUGUUGCCGAAAAGAAAAAAGACAAUGACGUUACCAGGGAAACAAAAGUCAUUGAUACCAAGGAGAAAAAAGUUGCACAGGAAACAAAGGUCACUGAUGUUUCUGAAAAGAAAAAAGACAAUGAUGUUACCAAGGAAACAAAAGUUUGUGGUAAUACCAAGGAAACAAAAGUCAUUGAUACCAAGGAGAAAAAAGUUGAAAAGGAAACAAAGGUCACUGAUGUUGCCGAAAAGAAAAAGGACAGUGAUGUUACCAAGGAAACAAAAGUCACUGUUACCAAGGAAAUAAAAGUUGACAAGGAAACAAAGAUCACUGAUGUUGCCGAAAAGAAAAAAGACAAUGAUGUUACCAAGGAAACAAAAGUUUGUGGUAUUACCGAGGAAACAAAAGUUAUUGAUACCAAGGAGAAUAAAGUUGAAAAGGAAACAAAGGUCUCUGAUGUUGCAGAAAAGAAAAAAGACAAUGAUGUUACCAAGGAAACAAAAGUUGCUGAAAUUACUGAAAAUGUGAAACUAGAUGAUGCUACAACAGAGUCAGAAGCGAGUUUACUUGUUAAAGAAACAAAAAUUGAAGAGGUUUUCAAAGAAGCUAAAGAUGGCUUUUCUGAGGAGAGUGACUCUGAAUCUAAAUCGUUUAUUUCAGCUCUGGAAGAUCUGGAAACUAAAGAUGAUUCACAUCAGGUCAUUGAAGACUUUGAAAAGGAUGAAUCCGAAGUUGAUAAAAAUAUAUCUGAGGAGCUAGAUGAACUGAAUCCAUUUCUGGUUGAUGAUGAGGUUGAGGACGAAAAGGAAGAAGAACAGGAGAAACCCAAAGAAGUUAUUGAUGAGAAGAAGGAAUCACGUAAAGAUGCAGGCAAGGACACAGCUAUCAGUGAGGACUCGGCUGACUUGAAAGUCAAGAAAGACAAUGAAAAGGUUAAGGAGAAGAAAGAAAUUGGUGGUGAGGAGGACAAUGCAAAAGUUGAUGCAAAGAGACCUGUCAGUGAUGAUUAUGAUGACGAAUUAAACCCUUUCUUUGCAGAUGAUGACGAAGAUGAUGAUGAAGUUGUUCAUGAGGAAAAGUCUAAUGACCUUUUUGAUGAGAAUAAUCCCUUUUCUGAAAACUACCAUGAAGACUCGAGUGUUGCUGAAGCAGAGGAGGAAUUGGUCAAUCCUUUCACUGGCUCUCCUGUUCUCAAAAGGAAAGUUUAUCCCCCUUUCGCUAAGACAGUGCAGCCAGCUCAGCGUUCAUCUUCACAGGUCAAGUCUCGAGAAGAUGUCUUGCGAGAGCUUUGUGGAUCAAUGGCAAGAGAUAAGAAGAAAGUGCCUCCUCCACGUCCACCACCGCCUAAAGUGAAAUCAAACACUUUGCAGCCAGGAAGCUCUCCUAUAAAAGAUACUGCUCCAUCACCAGUAUCACCAAGGAAACCACCGAGAGCAGUCUCGGCAUCUUUACCCAGAGGUCAAGCUGGUAGCCCAUUGAAAUCGACGAAAACUCGAGCUGCUCCUCCUCCACCUCCUUCUUCUUUAACAGGCAGUGGUUCCUCUUCUCCUGCCACCCCAAGGAGCAAACCUAGAGCUCCCCCUCCUCCACCCCCUACAGCCAAAAUUGUUAGUACAGAUGAAAAAGCAGUUGCUGAAGAACCGCCAAAGCCAAUGCCGAGGUCACCAAAACCCCAAAUUGUUGCUGGAGGAUCGCCUGUGGAAGCCAGAAAGAAUGAGGAAGCACCAAGCAGAUCGGUAUCACCGUCACUCUCUGCACAAUUUGAUGAGAGUCCUCAGCCCUCCCCUAGAAGGACGCCGGAGCCAGCAAAGAGGGUUUCUAGGGAUCUGUUGCCCGGAAACUUGGAAGACCGGAACAGAUCUCCCAGCCCUGCUGUUAGUAGAUCUGUGAAGAGAAAAGCACCACCACCACCACCACAAAGAAGAAAGGUUGUGAAAACCAUGACUCCUGAAGAAAUACAGGAAGAGCUAAGCGAACUAGACACUAAACAGACUGAAAUGGAACAAUCUGGAGUUAUCAUGGAAAAGAAAUUGAGAGAACAAAUAGACACAGAUGUAUCGGGCCAAGACCAGGACCAAGAGGACAUGCUGAAAGAAUGGUUUGAAUUGAUCAAUCAGAAAAAUCAAUUAGUCCGGCGUGAAAAUGAGCUCGUUUACACUUCCCAGGACCAGAUUCUGGAGGAAGAGUAUGCAGAUGUUGAGUAUGAAUUGAGGUUAUUGAUGAUAAAACCAGAAGAUGGAAAAACGGAAGAAGAGAAAGCUAACGAGGAAGAACUGAUAGAAAGAUUGGUGGAAAUUGUCAGUCAAAGAAACACUAUAGUUGAAUUGAUGGAGCAAGAUAGACUCAGAGAAGAAGAUGAAGAUAAAACUCUGGAAGCAAUGAUGAUAGAAAAAGGGUGGAUCGAAGGUGCAUCUGGUGCAGGUGAUGCCAAGGAGGAUACUACGGAGGAGACUGUUAAAAGCAAAGCCAAGAAACAGAAAGAUAAGAAAAAGGAGAAGAAGAAAGACAAGACAGAGAAAAAGAAACAUAAGAAGGAUAAAAAGUCAGAAGAGGAAAACGAUCCUAACUUAAUGAAAACCGCUCAUGGUGUUUUCUAUCUUUGAGGAUUUAUUCACGGCAUUGUGUACCUUAAUUACAAUACAUGUAGGUGUCAUUUUAAAACAUUUUUUUAGAGAAUAAAUAUAUACCGGUAAAUGUUAUCUUGUUCAAAAUGAAAAAAAUAAAAAUUCUUUUUUUUUA